AUGGCAACAACAACUAUGAAAGCGCUGAACUAUCUCGGACCUUACAAGGUUCGGGUUGAAGAUGUCGAAAAGCCAAGGAUGGAACAUCCUGAUGAUAUUAUUGUAAAGGUGACUACGGCUGCCAUUUGCGGUUCGGACUUGCAUAUGUACGAAGGGAGAACAGCCGCUGAGCCCGGGAUUACGUUCGGUCACGAGAACAUGGGAAUCGUGGAGGAAUUGGGUGAGGGAGUUACCUUGUUGAAAAAAGGAGAUCGUGUCGUGAUGCCCUUCAACGUUGCCGAUGGUCGGUGUCGAAACUGUGAGGAGGGGAGAACUGCAUUCUGCACCGGUGUCAACCCUGGCUUUGCUGGCGGUGCCUAUGGAUACGUCGCAAUGGGUCCCUACCGCGGAGGCCAGGCACAGUACAUUCGCGUCCCAUAUGCCGACUUCAAUGCUCUUAAGUUGCCCCCAGGUAAAGAGCAUGAAGCAGACUUCGUUCUUCUAGCUGAUAUCUUCCCAACUGGUACGAUUGAACCUACUUCCCUUAAGCUGGAAGCGUAUUCUCUGAUUUUGAUGAUAUCUAUAGGCUGGCACGGUGUGGAGAUUUCCGGAUUCCAAGCAGGCGAAAGUAUUGCAGUAUUCGGUGCUGGUCCUGUCGGACUGAUGGCCGCGUACUCCGCUGCUCUACGAGGAGCGUCCAACAUUUACGUUGUUGAUCGCGUCGCGGAGCGACUGGAAGCCGCUAAAAAUAUUGGCGCUAUUCCUAUAGACUUCACAAAGGGAGAUGCCGUCGAUCAGAUAAUCAGUCACAACGGGGAUAUGGUUGAUCGCUCGGUAGAUGCUGUUGGAUACCAGGCUGUCGACUCCAAUGGUUCUGCUGAAAAGGCCAAUAUCGUUCUUGAGAACAUGAUUCGAGUGACACGGGCUUGUGGUGGGAUGGGAAUCCCUGGGUUAUACGUCCCUAGGUAUGUGAAUGGGCAAGAAUCUUCUGUUCACGACAACUUACCUAACGGUUCUAUAACUAGUGACCCUGGUGCAGCUGACGCUGCCACCGCGAACGGAAUGAUCAGCCUGAGCUUUGGAAAGUUAUUUGAAAAGGGUCUUUCGCUUGGUACUGGACAGUGCAACGUCAAGUCCUAUAACCGAUACCUUCGAGAUAUGAUUAUUGCUGGCAAAGCAAAGCCCAGCUUCGUGAUCUCGCACGAGAUUGCACUUGCAGAUGCUGAGACUGCUUAUGACAAAUUUGACAAAAGGGAGGAUGGGUACACAAAAGUGAUCAUUCACCCAAAUGGUGGGUUUUGA